AUGUUACAUGUUUAUUUUAAAAUAUUCUAUAUAGCACUUUUAUUUGGAUUAAUCUUUUUUAAUCAAAAUGUGUGUAUACAAAAAGGACCAUAUGAAGUGAAUAAUGAACAUAAAAAAUUAAAAACAAGAACAUUCAAUUACUUAAGAGAAAAGGAAGUACACGAACCAAAUAAAAUGGAAAAACACAAUCAAAUGGAAAAACACAAUCAAAUGGAAAAACACAAUCAAAUGGAAAAACACAAUCAAAUGGAAAAACAUAAUCAAAUGGAAGAACCAAAUAUAAUAGAAGAAUCAAAUAAAAUAGAGAAAGUAAAUCAAACAAAAUCACCAUUAAGAAAUCAGCAGAUUCAAAUAAAUAAUACUAUUGAUAAAAUAAUUCAAAAUUCCGAUGGAGAUGAAAAACUUCAAAGACUUAAGAGUACUUCCUGGUUAAUAAAUAAUAUGGAAUCAUCUGAAGAAGUUAAACAGAGACUUAGAGGGCUAGCACAGUCAUACAUAUAUAACCCAGAUGAAUCAAAAAAAAGAAAAAUAAUUAAAGAAAUUUAUAAAUAUAGUAAAAAAGAAAAAAAUGAUGAUGUUAAAAAUAUGUUCUUAAAAAUACUUAAAUGUAGAGAUUUAAGUAACACAGAGCCUCGAGAGUAUCAUUUACCUUUAGAAGGAAUAUCUAGACCUUGUUGUCUUUUCGUAUAUUAA